GACCAUCCUGAUGGACAAGGAUAAGGCUGUUGUACAUCAAAAUAAUCCCACAAAUAGAGGCGGAGAAGGAAGGAAGAAGAUACCACCUUAAAAAUGGCCAUUGCUGUGCAGUGUGCUCUGUCCAUCUCUCAAACAACCUCAUUUGUCAAAGCACAUUCUUUAUCCAACAAGGGCAUUCAAAGGGUCCAAAUUGGGUUCAAUUCAUUCCAAGGCAUCAGGUUGAAUAACCAUGUUAAAACUAAAGAUAUUCGGCAAUCAUCCAGGAAAUCGCAAGUAGGUGUAGGACUUAGUGGGUUUUGUGUUAAAGCCACUGCCGCUACGACACCUUCAGUUCCUCCUCUGACAAUUCCCAAGCAAAAGAUUCGAAUUAAACUAAAGUCCUACUGGAUUAAACCAAUAGAAGAUGCGGCCAAGCUAAUCUUGGAUGCAGCCAGGUCUACCAAUGCAACAACCAUGGGUCCUGUACCUCUUCCAACCAAGCGUCGGGUUUAUUGUGUUCUAACAUCUCCUCAUGUGCACAAAGAUGCCCGUGAGCAUUUUGAGAAGAGAACUCACCAAAGGCUCAUUGAUGUUGAGAAUCCAAGUGCAUCAACGAUAGAUGCAUUGAUGACACUGAAUAUUCCUCCUGGUGUCCAUGUAGAGGUCAAAUUGAAAUAGGAUAUAAAAUAUGAUCAAAUUCUGUUAUUGGCGUUUGUUGUUGUUGUUGUUUGAACAAAUUGCAGAGGUUGAUAUCUCUGCUUAAUGGUUCUACAAUAAUCGGCAGAUAAUACUUCAACAUUUACCAGUGCUUGUGUAUAUAAUGGUAACAUUUUUGAGUUCGCAUU